GACUUCAUGUAAAGAUGACUGGAGAGCCUUGUUUUAUCAGUUGGAAGAUCUCUAUUUCGCAAUGUGUUACCUUUCUAAAGAACACCUACGUUUUUCGCCAAUUAUAUAAGCUGUCACAGUUACAAAACUCGAGCAAAAACUUUGUUUGGUUUUUCAGUUCCUGGCUGGAUUCUUUACAUGCCUUGUGUAAAGGCAAAACAUGAGACAAAUUAUUCCUGCUUCCUUUUGUACUGUGCAGCCACAUCAUUUGUUGAGCCUGAUGGAAAGAACUAAUUUAACAGUAUUCCUUUUCUCUUUUGGAUCAGAGUACAACUGAGAAAAUGAAGACUCCAACAGAGCUUUUCUUUUCAAAGGGAAUAUGCAUUUCUAUUCUCUCCUGCUACCAGAUCUCCUGUAGGAAUUUGAUAUCUAGUGCCCAGGAUUUGCCACAGGCAUUUUGUUUCUUUGCAACAUGUUUUAUUUAUACACCUUUUACUUAGAGACGUCUGUGUCCAAAUUGUUUUGCCUAGGAAAUAAUUACCAUCAAUUUCAGGUUAGGAAAUACUAGGAAGCAAGAGCCCAGCUUAUGAGGUCUUUGUGAAGUUAUGAUAACAGUAAGUAAGGAAAAGAUUAUAUUAUUUUAAAUUACAAAUUUUUCUUCAAAUCUCUCUUUCAAGGAAUACCUUCAGAUAUAUCUUUUAAUUACCUUUUACCACCCUUACAGUAUAUAGUUCCACCAGAAAUCUCUGUUGGUCAUGAGCAGAGUUGUCCAAAUUAUCAUAAUAUCUAUUUGAUGGAGUAUAUUAUAUUUACAUUUUAUUGCGUGCCUUUUCUCUAACAGGCAUUUAGAUAUGCAUGACAAAUAUUAUGGGGAAAGAAUUAUGUUUAGCUGACUGCUGUUCUCACCAAGGAAUACAUAAAACUGAAUCAAGACACUUAAAAAGAGUCUUUGCACAAAAUUAGCAAGAAUCCCCAUUUGUCUUUGCAAGAGGACUAAUGUUGAUUUAUCUAAUGCUUUAAAUUUUCUAAAGCAUUUCAGACUUCACUGCUGAUUAUAUCAUAUGUAUUGUACGUGGUUAUUUUAUCUAUAUCAGGAAAAGAUACAUACUCAUUAAAGAAUGAUUUCAAUACUGUUUGAAGAGAGGAAUGAUUAGCAUCUUGUUGAGACACACUGUCCUCUUUCAUUGUUUCUAAAUAUUAUAGGGAAAUAGGUUUAUAACUGAAUAAAGCAUGGUGACAUGAAGAAAACUCCUCCAGUUAAUGUUCAGUAGAGGAGAGGCUAUUUAGUCUAAUUGUGGGGGUUUUUUUGUUUGGCAUUGAGACAAAGGAUCCCAGUAGCUUGGGCUCUGAGCUUCCCGCUGUAUAUUCACUGCGGUUAAAACCACACCUUUCAAAAGCACAAUGUGCGUGUGGAAAUCACAUUAGAAAGCCACACAGAAUCAACAGUUGGCUUCACUGAGCCUUCCUGCCUCUCCCAGUAAAAUUUCUGCUUUUGUAGCACAUCCCAACUGUUGGCUGAAGUUACAGGGUAAACAGGAGCUUUUGCAAUAAAACUCAGCUUCACAAAAUCCUCCAAAAAUGUGCCACCAAUUUCUUGCAGUUCUUUGGAUUUACAUCCUCUAAAAUAAUUAAAUGCACUGCCAUUAAAACAAAAACAAUUCAGCAGUCAAAAAGACAACCAUGCGGUGAUAAACUUAGCCUGAGCAGGAAUAAUUUCAGUUUUAUGAGUUGGAAAACCUGAAAGGUACCUAAGGCCAGCCAGCUCCCGCAUCAUGAAAGCCACCUCUUUAUGACAUUAUAAUUGCACCAGUUAAAGAGAGAAGAAGUUUUAUAAACCCCUCUGGGAGUGUUCAGAUCUGGACUGAGUCUCGCCUUUAGCCUUUGAACGACAUCACUGAGAGAAAACAUGCUGAGCUUUAACCUCUUACCACGCCGACAGCCAGCUCCUGGUGGCUGCACCAGCACACGCCCUUGUGUCUCCAUAUGGUCUUUUUGCCUUCUCUGGACUCACUCCCUCAAGGUAUACGAACCUAUUGCUCAGAAACCCCCAGAGCCUCCUUCCGGGGGUAGUGAAGACCAUAUGGUAAGGCAUACGGUCCCUGUGAGACCUCCUUAUGUCCUGGUUGUGCAAGUUGCUGGAGCGCGAGACUGAAGGCCAAGUGUCGUAGACAUCUCUGUGUCACAGCAACACCAUCCUGUCAAGUGUUGCUCUGCGUAUGGGAGGAAACAUGGAAAACAAACCAAACCCCAAACUCCUUCCUGUCAUCUGCCUGAAGAAGGGGAAGCCAUUUAAAAAUUUUAUGUUCCAUGAAGAUAAAAUAUUGGAGGUCUUUUGUUUGAAGCUUCAAGCUGGACUUCCCAUGAGAAGUGGAAGGAGAGAGCAAUUCAGUUUCCCUGGAAAUUGGUGUGAGAAGGGACUCCUUCACCGUAGGAGAGCCCAACCCUGCUACCUUCCACCGCUUUUCUGCAUGAAGACAGCAGUUUAGUUUAGAAAACUAGAAAGUACAGCUAUGCUGGAGCAUUACCCCUGCUGAAAGAAGGAGGACUCAAAAAAGUUUCCAAAGAGAUUUGGCAUAUAGCAUGCACAGGGCUCCUCUUAUUCCUGCCAUUCACAUUUCAGCAUUCAUACAUUUAUUUUAAACUGUUAUGUUUGCAACAAUCCUGAGGAACCUUCCUUGAUAGCUUUGCUCCUGGUGGGUCAUCUUCUGCAUUUCUCCCAGCUGCCACCUCUGUGCUGUCCUAAGUGGGAGAUCCUGGUUCUCCACUACCUGUCCCACCACCCAUGCAUGGGGAGGAGCGAGCGGCAAAAUUAGCACCCAGCAGUAAAGGGAAUUUUCUUGUCCUGUGCUUAUUUAUCCCUUCAUGCAUGCCAGGCCAUAAUCUGACCCCUAAAUAGAGUGAUUGAAUUGGUUGGUUUGUUUUAAAUGAGCUGCAAAGAGUCAUGGGGAACCAUAUGUAUUGAUUUGGUGUGUUAAAUCUUAUACAGAUACAAAUUCUGGAUGAGUUAACUUCAAUAGAGGUUAAAACAAUGAAUGGAUUUUAUUUUUUUUUUAUGAUCUGGAGUUGUAGUCCACUGCUUCAGCUCUAUGGAGCUGUUACAUUAUUUUUUUAAAAAGAUCAGGUUUUCCUUCUCAAUAUGUCCCUAAAGAAAAGUUGUUCUGAAAGUGCUGAGAUUAUUCAAGGUUGCCAGCAUUACAGCUUGACAGUUUCAGUGGGGCAUAUAAAUCUCUAAACAGCAAAGGAGUAAGUGGGUAUCUCGCGUUAGUUUAGUUCUUGGAUUGGCACAAUUUCCUUUUUCUAAAAUUUUGUAGAUGAAAAAGAAUUUUAAAACACUUUAAAAAUACCUGCUGGUUUGGUUACAGUGUUUUUUCUUGGUUUAAAUCAAAUGCGUAGGAACCUGGUUUACCAUCUCUGACAAUGCUCUACACUUCUUGGAAAGAAUCCCAUGCAGAAAGAGUGUUACUCAUAAAAUUUAUGUGCUCUAAACUCUGGACAUUAUUCAUAAGGGGUUUUUUUAUUGUUAGCCUAAUUCUAAACAGUUUGGCUACAGUGCUUUAUUGCCUAAGCUACAAGUGAAAACUCUAAGCACAUGUCUUUUUUAAUAAGUUCUUUUUUUUUUGCAUUUUGUGUGCUAAUACACCGCUUUAAACUUUAAUUUAGUGUAUGAAUCUUCUUUCAGUGUUUGCAGUAGAAAUUUGACUUCACAAAAAUCUAGAAUAUCAACCAAAAAAAUCAACCAUAAACAAAAGAGGUGUUAGUUCUUAAUGUUUCUUAUGCUGUGGGAUAUAAUAGGUAACACUUCAUGUAUCCUAAAUCAUCUCUCUACAGCUGGUUGUUUGGGGUUUUUUGUUGGUUUUUUUUUACAUAGGUGAAGAUGUCAAACCAUUUACUCCUGGGAAGGCCAAGGAAAUUGUGAUGUCUCUGCAGCAACCUGCAGUCUUCUGUAACAUGGUUGGCGACUGGCCAGCCCUACGCUGGAAUACGAAAUACCUUUCUGCGGUGUUGGAUGGGAAGACAAUCCAGUUCAGGCUAGGUCUGAAGACCAUGGAUUUAGUUCCCCAGUUUGAAACCAGGUGUAGCUAUGUGGAGGCUACACUUGAAGAGUUCUUGGCUUGGAGUUGUGGGGAGCCUUCUUGCCCCUCUGGACCAUUCAGCUGUUACGAGUUCUCCAAAUAUUGGGCUUACGCUGACUACAAAUACAUUGCCAGGAUAUUUGAAGACAAGCCAGAAAUUUUCCAGGAUGUAAGAUGGUCUGACUUUGGUUUUCCUGGAAGAAGUGGGAAAGAGAGCACGCUGUGGAUUGGUUCUGAAGGAGCAAACACCCCCUGUCACUUGGACUCCUACGGCUGCAACCUAGUGUUGCAAGUACAAGGAAGGAAGAGAUGGCACCUCUUCCCACCUGGUGACACCAGUUUCCUUUAUCCCACCAGGAUCCCUUAUGAGGAAUCCAGCAUAUUCAGCAAAGUCAAUGUUACCAACCCUGAUCUGAGAUGCUUUCCUGAGUUUAGGAACACAACAGCCCAUGUGGUUACACUCAGCCCGGGACAGGUCCUGCUUGUUCCAAGGCACUGGUGGCACUAUGUGGAAUCCAUUGACCCCAUCACUGUCAGCAUAAACUCUUGGAUUGAGCUGGAUGCAGAUCAUGAAGCCCGUGUGGAAGAAGCAAUAACUCGAAUGCUGGUGUGUGCCAUAAAAUCAGCAGAAAACCCCGCUGAUGGAGAUCUCUGGCUAAAUCCCACCGAGGUUGAGGCAACGUCCCAUGAAACCAAUCUUCAGUACCUGAACGAAGCGGUGUCCAUGUACCUCAGGAGUCAGAAGGCCAGCCUCUCAGAGCAGGCACGUCCCAGCAGCACGCCUGCAGAGCCAAGGACAAGCACCUCAUGCAAGAGGAAGAGAAGGGAAGCUGCCUGCCAACCAGAGGGCUGCAGGCUACUGACCCACGGGUCGGGCUUUGCAGCAUUUAAAGCAGAAAAGCCACAGGAAAUACCUUUUGGGCCUCAUCUCAUUCAAGUUUUACCACAGUCCCAAGAAACAAGGUUGAUGGGUGGGGCUGCAGUGGAAAGUGACAGUGGAGAUCUUCUCCAUGAAAAUGAAGGAGGACAUUUGGGAAAAUUACACUGCACCAGGAAGCAAUUGGUAACGAGUAAUGACCAUGAAACACCCGCACAUCAAAUGGAUGCGGACGGCAGCCCAAACGCCUCACAAACAGCCCUUUCUACCAACGAUUUGCUGGACUGUUUGGUUAAUCCCCGUGUCAUCAGUUUGGUGGCUCAGCUGCUGUUGGAGAGAACAAGAGUUUAGUGCCAGACUGCUUUAUCUUUUCUGAAAUAAAGAAAUCAAAUGGCA